AUGCUGCGUGCAACGUGUCUCGCUACUUUGUUCGCCUACGGAGUUUUUGGAACAGCUCCAAGGCAAGCCCGAGAACUGAUAAACGCAUUUGACGCUUCAAAGGGUCCCCCUUAUACACCCGCCAUUCGUGUCGGCAAUGUAAUGCACGUGGCGGGAAAGGUAGGCCAGGUCCCGAUGAAAGCGUUGAUAGUUCCAGGAGGAAUUGUUAACGAGACACGGCAGGCACUCACAGCUCUUGAAAAAACUCUCAAAGCUGGGAGGAUGAGCUUGAAAAACGUUGCCAAAACCACAGUAUACCUGACCAACUGGAAUAACUACGAUGAGAUGAACAAAAUAUAUCUCGAAUAUUUUCCUGAAAAGUUCCCUGCACGCUCAGCGCUCCAGGUGGUAAAGUUACCCUCGAAUGCCCACGUGCAAAUUGAAGCUGUAGCUGUACACUCGGACCUGUAA